AAGAGCAGGGCAGCCGAGCGGCUGCUGUUGGCGCCAGACGGCGCGCCGGCCACCGGGAGAACGUGGGCCACGAGAUGGGGCCCCAGGAGAGCGCCCGGGAGCGCGCCGGGGAGUCUCCCGAGCCCGGGGAGUCUGGGCUGCAGCUGACCCACCACACGCCCUCGGACGCCGGCGAGGAGCCUGCGGACGCCGAGGCAGCUGGGGCACCCGGGGGCGGCAGGUGCUGGCUCUGCGGUUCCUCUCCGUGCUGCUCGCGCGCGGAGCCCGAAGCCAAGAAGAAAGCACCCUGUCCUGGACUUGGCUUGUUUUACACAUUAUUGUCUGCCUUCCUUUUCUCAGUGGGCUCUUUAUUUGUUAAAAAAGUGCAAGACGUCCAUGCUGUAGAAAUUAGUGCAUUUCGAUGUGUGUUCCAAAUGCUAGUUAUUAUCCCUUGCUUAAUAUACAGAAAAACUGGGUUUAUAGGCCCCAAAGGUCAACGAAUUUUCCUCAUUCUCAGAGGAGUCCUUGGUUCUACCUCCAUGAUCCUUUUAUACUAUGCUUUCCAGACAACGUCCCUCGCAGAUGCCACAGUUAUCACGUUUAGCUGCCCAGUGUUUACAUCUCUAUUUGCUUGGAUAUUUCUCAAGGAAAAGUAUAGCCCUUGGGAUGCUUUCUUCACCUUGUUCACAAUCACUGGAGUGAUCCUUAUCGUGAGACCACCAUUUUUGUUUGGUUCCAACACUUCGGGGAUGGAAGAAAGCUAUUCAGUCCACCUUAAGGGAACAAUUGCGGCAGUCGGACAUGCCGUGUUUGCUGCGGUGACUCUAGUUAUCCUAAGAAAAAUGGGAAAAUCUGUGGACUACUUUCUGAGCAUUUGGUAUUAUGUCGUACUUGGCCUCAUUGAAAGCAUCGUCGUCCUCUUUAUAACAGGAGACUGGAGUCUGCCUUACUGUGGCUUGGACAGGCUAUUUCUCAUACUCAUCGGGCUCUUUGGUUUGGGGGGUCAGGUAUUUCUCACAAAAGCACUUCAAAUAGAAAAAGCAGGACCCGUAGCAAUAAUGAAGACAAUGGAUGUGGUCUUUGCUUUUAUCUUUCAGAUUAUUUUCUUUAAUGACAUGCCAAGCUUGUGGACAGUGGGUGGUGCUCUCUGUGUAGUGGCCAGUAGUACUGGAGCAGCCAUUCGUAAAUGGCUCCAGAGUUCCAAAUGAAGCAUCAUUGCUGAAAUUGACAUUUUUUUUUUUCAAAUACACCAUCAACCAUUUCAAAUACAACACACGCACACACACACACACACACACACACACACACACACAUAUACCUGGAAAAUUCGCAUUUAUUGAUUGAUUAUAUUUAAUAAAUUUCAUAAAUAAAGUACCAUUUUUGAAUAUGGUAUGUUUUUAAUUAGUUAAGAAUAGCUAGGUUGGUUAGUCUAGCUUAUUUUUUUUUUUUUUUUUUUUUUUUUUGCUGUUGUUAAGGUGGCCUUGGUGAGAGGAGAGCUCAUUAUUUGAAGAAAAACUGCAAAAAAAAAAAUUAUGACUGUAAUAAUAUAUAAUUUUUAAACAUUUUUGGUACAGGUGGGAUUUGGGUGGGGAAAUUUUAGAAAUUAUUUUAGCUGUAUAGGGCCUAAGAAAUUUAUUGAUAAUGCUGCUAUAAUUAGUGUUAUGUUAACAAUUCAUUUGCAACAUAAUUCCAUUUAGGAUGCCAAAGCUGAAGUUUGGUAUAGGUGCCUACUUAUUGGUAUUAAUAAUCAAAUGAAUUGGCCUUAUUUUCAAAGAUUUUAUAAAUGAUUACCAAUCAUACUUUUAACUCAUUUGUGCCUUUUCAUUUUAAUGGUGGAGUUUUUAUAUGUUACCUCUAGAAAGUUUGUAAAUGACCAAAUCUGGUCAGUAGUUUUCUGUUUCAGUUGCAUUAGCCACUGUAGAUAUCAUUUUAUAAUUCUUGUCCUCUUUUUUUUUUUUUUUGACACUACAUUUUUUUUUUUAAACAUUCCAAGAUUUCCAGUCUUUAAAUCACAAGAGCGAAAUCUUGGCAUGAUCAUUGUGCACACUUCUAUCCUGAAGUGUUUUCUCCUCACCGGGGAUGUGAUUUUUCUAUAAAUUCUCCUUGAAUUUGUAGUGUGAUGCCAAAUAAAAUUUUCUCAGGAUCUUAUUAGGUUGAAACAUGAUGUUGCCAAGAUUUUACCAUUUUAACUUACAACACUCAGUUUUUAUUAGGUUUAUCCUAAUAGGUAUCUCCCUUGCCUACUAAACCACUUAGAGGAUUUUGGACUAUAGAGUUUUUAAGUAACUUUAAAAAAUACAGUUCUGCUAUUAAACUUACUCUUAUAGUAUUUUUCCUUUAUGGGAUUAUAUGUAAUAAUGCUCAUGUUAUACAUUAAAUGUAAUGACCUGUGAACCCUGCAGUUCAUUGACUUUCAUAGUUUCUUACAUAGAAAAAAAAAAAUCACUGGCAAAUUCUAGUAUUUCAGCAUGAUGUGAACUAUCAAGCUGUA